AUGGUCCGAGGCGGUGCCGAGGUGGAGCUGCUGGAGCCGCAUAUAAGGAAAGCAAACAGUUGGGAGAAUGCCACAGCUUUCAUUGGUAAUCAGCCAGGGGGAUACAAGCUGCUCUUUUCAUUCAAACCGUCUUAUCAUGGACCCAAUGAAAUUAUGCUGGAUGAUGUCAGCUUUGAAAACUGUGGCGAGGCCGAUGUCCCCACAGGAUCGGACCAACUCUCGUGUGAUUUUGAAAAUGACAGCUGCUCAUGGUACCAUGACAAGACUGCAAGCAUUUCUUGGGAAAGGACUAAGAGGAUCGAGCUAGACCCCACUAGGAAGGGCUACUACAUGCUCAUAGAAGCUACAUACAAGCUAAACAUCUCCUCAGCAGCCAGACUCGUCAGCUUCCCUCAACCUGCAGGUCAAAUAUGUGUGAGCUUCUGGUACCACAUAUUUGGCAACAGCAUAGGUACACUGAAGUUUAUUGCUAAGCAUCCUGGUGAACCAGAGACGCUUGUGUGGAUGAGGAGUGGCACACAGGGAAACAAAUGGCGAUUUGCCGAUCUUACCUUCAACAGUGACAAGCCAAUACAGUUUAUUAUAGAGGCUGUUGUGGGUGGUACUCAGGGGAGCAUAGCCUUCGAUGACAUAGCAGUGUCCCGCACAAACGGUUCUUGUGCGCCUGAGAGAGAGUGCACCUUCCAGGGUUCCCUCUGUGGUCUGCAGCCGUCUGCACACUUCGGAUGGAACCGGAUCACCGGGACGUCCCAACCACUUAACUCUUCAGGCCCUACCGUAGAUCACACUCUGGGGACAGAACAAGGUUAUUACCUAAGUGCCCAGUUGUGGAGUCACCCUGUGGGGUCCAGAGGAGCAAUGAUAACUGCUACGAUGGAGCCCACCCCUCCUGAUGGGGAAUGUCUAAUGUUCUGGUACUACAUGGAGGGAAGGGGAGUGGGGAACCUCAGUGUGCACCUCCAGAGCCCUGACGGCCACAGAAAAUCCCAGAAGCUCUGGGACAGAAGUGGAGAUCAGGGGAAGCACUGGAGACAUGGGAGAGUGACGCUUUUCAGCCCCGACACCCCGUAUCAAGUGAUUUUUGAGGCGAUAGCUGGGGACGGACCAAGGAGAGAUAUCGCUAUUGACGACCUCACUGUCUUGAAUGGUGCCUGUCCCCCGGCAGGUUAGUGACCAAGGAAAUAGUGGGAGUGGGACGGGGGUGUUU